AUGUCGCAAUACAACCAGUACAGCGGCUAUGGAGGCAAUCCCUACGAACAGCAGGGCGGCGCCGGCGCCGGUGGCUACGGAUCGAGCAACCCGUACUCGAACGACGCCUACGAUGCGCGACCACAAGGCGGACUCUCCGCGCCCAGCCGAGCGACACACCAGGACUCCACAUACACGCAGGAAUCGAGCUACAGCCAAGCGCCUGCGCCAGCGAUACCCGGCGACCCAAUCCAGCCCGGCCAGAAUGUGCAGUAUAUCGCAUCGGGUCCAACAGUGCUGUCCAACUCCGACUUCCUCUCGCGCGUCGAAGCCGUCAAAGCCGACAUUCGUACACUCACAACUCAUGUCGGCCAAAUCGCCUCGGCGCAUCAGCGCACCCUGUCCUCGCCCGACAGCGGCUCGUCCGGCCAGUUGGAAUCCAUGAUUACGCAGACGCAAGUCCUGAACACCUCAAUAAAAGAUCAGAUCAAGUUCUUGGAGACCGAUGCGGCGAGAAGUAGAGACAACCAGGUGAAGAACACGCAAGUUGGACAGCUCAAGACCAGCUUCACCAAGCAGUUGCAGGAGUAUCGGCAAGAAGAGGCAAACUAUGAGCGACGAUACCGGGAGCAGAUUGCGCGUCAGUACAUGAUUGUCAACCCGGAGGCCACCGAUAGCGAAGUGCAGGAGGCAGCGAACGCAGAUUGGGGCAACGAGGGCGUGUUCCAAACCGCGCUCAAGACCAAUCGAUCCGCGACAGCCAACUCAGUGCUCGGUGCAGUGCGUGCACGACACAAUGAUAUCCAGAAGAUCGAGCGCACAAUGAUGGAGCUGCAACAGCUCAUGGAAGACCUGGCAACUGCUGUCGUGCUCCAGGACGAGCCUAUCCAGCAAACCGAGCAGCACACCGAGAACGUCAAGAACGAUACUGAAGCCGGCAACGUCCAGCUCGACAAAGGCAUCAAGUCCGCACGGAACGCACGGAAGCUCAAGUGGUGGUGUUUCUUCAUCUGUCUUGCGAUUGUCAUCAUCCUUGCUCUGGUUCUGGGUCUAUACUUUGGCCUGCAAAACAGAAACAACAACUAG